ACGCACCAUCAACUACGGAAUCCUAUGUGGUCUUUGAAGGUAACAUGUCACAUCGUGUUCAUCAAUAAUCAAUAAUUAUCCAUCGAUUAGAGCCGAGGACACAAAAAUACAAAUAGUUGAGGAGGUUUGCACGAAGGGACCGAGAAGGUGGAGCUGUGGCCGCUUGGAUCGUUCACGUAAGACCCAUCAGUGGCACAACAUGAAGGAAGGAAGACAAGAUGGCGGCACCGACUCGCGACAAAUGUGAAUAUACCAGCUGUUAUUGUGAAGAAAAUGUUUGGAAAGUUUGUGAGUUCAUCAGGAAGGAGAAAAGUUUCCCUCUGGAAGAAUUCUUUGUGAUUUUCAUUUCCAACGACAACAAAAUGGUUCCACUGUGGGAGCAGAAGUCUGCACAAGGACAGCAGCCUGUCAUCUGGGACUAUCAUGUGGUUCUAUUCCAUGUUUCUGCAGGACUAUCAUGUGGUUCUAUGCCAUGUUUCUGCAGGACUAUCAUGUGGUUCUAUUCCAUGUUUCUGCAGGACUAUCAUGUGGUUCUAUUCCAUGUUUCUGCAGGACUAUCAUGUGGUUCUAUGCCAUGUUUCUGCAGGACUGUCAUGUGGUUCUGUUCCAUGUUGCUGCAGGACUAUCAUGUGGUUCUGCUUCACGACUGCGCUCGCUCUGAAUCCUUCUUGUAUGAUCUGGACUCCGUGCUGCCGUUUCCCUGCAACCUGAAGAUGUAUGCUAAGCACGCCUUACGCAGUGACCACAGCCUCUCACCCGAGUACCACAGGAAGUUGCGUGUGGUCCCCGCUGACUGCUUCCUGUUGAACUUUGCGUCUGAUCGCUCGCACAUGAAGAAGGAGGACGGGUCCUGGAAGAUGCCCCCUCCACCUUACCCACCAAUCCGCACUGCAGGUCAAAGUUCAUACUCCAGCAUGAACCUGCAGCUCUUCAUCAGCAUGGAACCUUCUGUGGGAUGGGGACACAUUUUCACUCUGGACCACUUCCUGUGCCACUUCCUCAAAGACCCCCCCUGUGUGUAAGUGUGUGUGUGUGUGUGUGUGUGUGUGUGUGUGUGUGUGUGUGUGUGUGUGUGUGUGUGUGUGUGUGUAAGUGUAAGUGUACCUGUGUGUGUGUGUGUGUGUGUGUGUGUGUGUGUGUGUGUGUGUGUGUGUGUGUGUGUGUGUGUGUGUGUGUGUGUGUGUGUGUGUGUGUGUGUGUGUGUGUGUGUGUAAGUGUACCUGUGUGUGUGUGUGUGUGUGUGUGCGUGCGUGCGUGCGUGCGUGCGUGCGUGCGUGCGUGCGUGCGUGCGUGCGUGCGUGCGUGCGUGCGUGCGUGCGUGCGUGUAUGUUAGGGUUGUCUUGAUACCAACAUUUUGGUACCAGUACCAAAAUGUAUUUGGAUACUUUUCUAAAUAAAGGGGACCACAAAAAAUGUCAUUAUUGUCUUUAUUGUAACAACAAAUGUUAGUGUACAUGAAACAUAUGUUUAUUAUUGUCAUUUAGUCCUUCAAUAAAAUGUUGAACAUACUAGACAACUUGUCUUUUAGUAGUAAGUAAACAAACAAAGACUCCUAAUUAUGCAGUAACAUAUUGUGUCAUUUAUACACCUAUUAUUUUGUACACAUUAUGAAGGACAAACUGUAAAAAUUGAUUAUUAAUCUACUUGUUCAUGUGAAGUGAAUUACAUUUAUAUAGUGCUUUUUCUCAAGUGACUCAAAGCGCUUUACAUAGUGAAACCCAAUAUCUAAGUUACAUUCAAACCAGUGUGGGUGGCACUGGGAGCAGGUGGGUAAAGUGUCUUGCCCAAGGACACAACGGCAGUGUCUAGGAUGGCGGAAGCGGGGAUCGAACCUGCAACCCUCAAGUUGCUGGCACGGCCGCUCUACCAACCGAGCUAUACCGCCAUCUACUGUUAAUAUCUGCUUAUUUUCUGUUUGAACAUGUUCUAUCUACACUUCCGUUCAAAUGUAAUAAUCACUUAUUCUUCUCUUCUUUGAUACUUGACAUUAGUUUUGGAUGAUACCAUACAUUUAGGUAUCGAUCAUGUCGAUACCAAGUAGUUACAGGAUCAUACGUUGGUCAAUGUGUGCAACUGGAGCCAACGAAGAGGACGUUGUGGAAAAACUUGACCGUUUACUUGCAACAUUUCUUCACAAGACAUGAC